AUGUGGCGAAAGAUUCCCAUAUAUAGCAAAAAGGUGCUGUCGUCGCACAUCGCCAAAGCUCAAAACCUGAGAGGUCGACUGCCUGAAGGAAUGGAAUCUUUGGCAACAAUCAGUCGUUUCGUCAUGCCGAACUGCCGCACAUUGCCGAUUGAACUCCAACAAGCCACCCUGUCUAGGCUUCUGCGAUAUCUCUGCGUGCCUUUUGCUGCACUGCAGGAAACACGCAUUAGAGAUCAGCCCGUCCUCAACAUCGAAAAUUACACCAUAUACUGCGGCGAUGCUGAUGAGAAGAAAGUAGGUGGCUGCGCGACAGCUGUGAGGAACGAUUACAACAACCUGGUAGAGGAAUUAGGCUCAACGUCGUCUAGAUGCGCCCUUCUACGACUGCGGGAUCGCACAGGAUGUAAACUCUGGAUCGUAAGUGCUCACACACCUACGGAAACCGCUGAAAACAACAGUAGGGACGCCUUCUAUGAUGAACUCAAUGCGUUAAUUUCUAAAAUAGCAAGCCAGAAGGUGGUCAUUGUCGGAAUCGACGCAAGUGCGAAGAUGGGACACGAACAACAAUUCGAUGUUCUAGGAAAAUGGUAUUAUCCAGCGGAGCGUAUGUCGAACAACGGUUACCGUACGGUCGACGUAUGUGAACAGAAGGACCACAUCAUUGCUUCCACGUUUGAGAGGAGUCAUCGUCGUCAUCAGCUUACGUGGCAAGCGUCAACCUUUCUGACUCCUGAAGAGCAGGACGAGCGGAAGAUGGGAACUCUUAAACAUCAGGUGGACUACGUUCAGACGGACGACGAACAUUCCUCAGCCGGAUAUCCGAAAAUCCAAAACUGUUUGGAAAGUUGCUUUCGACUCUGA